AUGGAUGCAUAUUUGAAAGACUUUGGAACCCGUUUGGAGAAUGCGUUGCGCAGCUGCGGGGCACUCUCCGACAGCACCUGGAAGUUAUACCUGGACAGGAGGAGCAGCCUCCUGACGUUCCUGCACACCAACCUGAGCCUCCACUUCCUCAGGCGCCACCACAAGCGAGUUGAGCUGCUGAAGCAGAGCUCCUUCUACAUCGAGAUUCUGCCCAAGCACUUGGCCCUGGGAGACCAGAGCCACCCGAUGCAUCCCAUAAACCUAUUCCAACAAGUUGACCCCUGGAGAUUCCAGAGGAUGAAGAAGGUGGGAGCCACCCAGACUAAAAUCCAGUUACUGCUUUUAGAGGAUCUGCUCGAGCAGCUGGAGCGAGGCCGGGAGGAGCUGCUCUGCUACCUGAAGACCUACGACGUGGUGACUUUCCUCUCUCAGUGGGACCAGAUCAAGCAGAGGGUCUCAGACCUCUCCAAGAUGAUCGACAGCUUCCUUGGUGCUCUAGUGCCGGGGAAGCUCCAUCUCAAGCACCGCUUGGUGCCAGAUGCCAGAGCUCCCAAAAUCCCCCGCAUUCGCCUUGUUCUCAGCACCAAGAUGCCAGUGGUGUUUGAUCGGAAGGAGUCGGUGGCACACGAGGACCGGGCCACUCUCAAGUGGUUCAGUACGAGCCAGCAGGCGCAGCAGGAGCAGUACGAGCUGUCCUUUAGGCUCCUGGAGCACGGGAUGCAGGAGAGGGGCCACUGCGGGAAUCUGACCAUCACCUCCAACAUGUGCGAAAUCCAGAACCUGCUGCGCGGCCGAGCCUACGAAUUCACCGUCCGACGAGCCGAGACCUACGCGCUCGUCUAUGAGCAGUGGCACGACAGCAUUACACUGAAGACAGAAACGAGCCCUGACCAAGACAUGGGGAGCAGCCUUUGCGAACCAGAAGGGGGACGUGACACACAAGGUUUUCUCGCUUUAUCCAUUUGA